AUGUCUAUUCACGAUCGUGCCAAGUCCUUUUGUUCUUCACUUUUAGAAAGCAUUACGACUCCAAAAUCUAAAAAUGGGCCCAUAGUGACUCUUACUUAUGCACAAAGUCUCGAUAGCAGGAUCUCAGGACGUAAUGGCCAACAAUUAGCAUUAAGUUGCGAAGAAUCAUUCAUAAUGACACAUAGAUUGCGAAUUUUACAUGAUGGCAUAUUAGUUGGCAUCGGUACAAUAUUAAAUGAUAACCCACGAUUAACAGCGAGACUACUAGGUCCUGAUGAACUAGAAUCAACAAUAAGUCAGCCAAGACCAAUAAUACUAGAUUCUCAAUUGCGAUUUCCUCUUUCAUCAAAUGUGUUAAAGCAAUCAAAGAUGAAUGGAUAUAAAUCACCUUUGAUUGUUACUAGUUAUGAUCAUGAUUCUGCUAAACGAAAGUUGCUUGAGCAAGAAGGAGCAGUAGUCGUCCCAAUUGAAUCUAACAAAAAUGGACAACUUUCGAUUGCUCAUCUUUUAUCGAUAUUAAGUUCACCACCUUUCUCAAUUUGUCGAUUAAUGGUAGAAGGUGGUGCCAAAGUGAUCAAAUCUUUCUUAAAAAGUAACAUGGUUGAUUUGUUGAUUGUCACUAUCGCCCCAACAUUUGUUGGUGUGAAUGGAAUUUUGGCUAUUGAUAGUAAUUCAACAGAAAAUCAAGAACCACAUCAUCGGUUUUUAUACUACAAAACGCCAAAGCAAAAGAAUGAUGACAUAAUAGUCCCAACACAGAAUGUCGAAAAUUCAAAUAUAAAUAAACGCUUGCCGAAUAAUCAAAUUGAUUCGAUCCAGAACAAUUCAUCCGUUAACGUUGAUAAAUCUAAACCAAGUAUCAAUGUCACUACUUCCAUCAUACCAAAAGGUUGUAGUCCAUUCGUUACCAUGAUUAUUAAAUGGAAGACUCAUGGAGUUCCUAAAAACGAAAAAUUGGAAGUUCGAUUAAAUUGGUUUCCCAGUAGUAGAGCUAACUCAGGACCUGCAUUAUGGCCCGGUUUUCCAAAAAUUGUCUUAAAUCGCAAAAAAUCCAUACCUACGGAAAUUUAUAUGGGAAAAAAUCAAUCAUUAACUUUCUAUGUAACCAUUCGAUCAGUUCAUAAAAUCAGCAACCAAACAGUGUUUAACUAUGUUCCAAUUUUUGCCGUAAAAAAUCCAAGUUUUGCAUGUUAA